AUGUCGAAUAUUAGACGGUCUGCGAGACUACAGUCUAGGACUGCAGACGAAGAUGGCUAUGACAGCGAUGAGAACACCGCCAAAUACAUUGAAAGUGAUGAGAGCGUAACCUCCGAGAGUGAUAGCGGAGAGGACGAGGAUCAGGACGAUGAUGACUAUAUGGAAGGCAAGAAGGCGCGCCAGAGUCGUGGUGUUAAAAGAUCCGGAAGAGCGCAAAGUAGUACCACUGCAACAAAGAGAACAAGGGUCAAAAGUUCUUCGAAAAGCAGGAAUACAAAGAAUAAUUCAGAGUUACGCGCUGACCAGGAGCGAUACCUUGAAAUUAUGAAGGAGUUCAAGCCAACAGAACUUUAUGAAAUACUUUCUACCGAUCCUGACAUAGCUGUAGAGGAUGUGCUGAGAGAAUACAUGGAAACUUAUAAAGAAAAUAGAGACGAGUUUUUGCAAACAUUUAUUAAUUUGCUAUUAAAUUGUUGUGGUGCUGUCACACAAGUUGAGAAGCAUGAUAUUCGCAAUAAUGAAUCGUCGGCUGACACUAUUACUGAAGUACAGCUGGCUUUUCAAAGGCAAAAAAUACACGAAUUUCACCUGGUACUGAGUAAAGAUUUUAAGAAAAAGGCUAAAUACCCUGCAUUAUAUCAGAAUAUCGAGGAAUUCAUGUCAAAGUUCCUAGAGAUUGCCGAUGAUAUGCAACUUCUUUACACGGAGGUUCCUUUUGGAGAUGAUGACUCUGGCGAGUUUACACCAUUAGUCACUGACUUAUUCACUUGGAUUUCUGCUUUCUCCGUCAGUAAAAUCAGAUGUUUCAGAUAUAUCGCAACAUUCAUAUUAUAUUGCUUUGAGGAUUAUUUGACAAAUUAUACAGUUGAGUUGGAAAGAGACUAUCUUUCAAGACUGACAAAACAGCUAUCGAUGGAACAGAAGAAGAAAAGACAAAAUAAAUCCACAAUUACCAAGAUUUCUAAUUCCAUAGAAGAGUUGACAAGCAAGAAAAGGCAGACCGAUAUAUUGAUCGAUAAUAUCUCCAAAAUCGCUUUCAUCCAUAGAUUCAAAGACGUAGACGACUCUAUCAGGAAAAUGUCUGUAGAACAUUUGACUACUUGGAUAAUAAACAACCCUGAAAAAUUCUUAAAAGUUUCCUACCUGAAAUACUAUGGAUGGCUCAUGAGUGAUGACUCCUCUGUAGUUAGAUCUCAAGUAUUGAGGUCGUUGCCUUUAAUAAUAUCUGGUCACAAUGGCCAUGUCACAGACAAUGCAGCCAUACGGCAGUUUUAUGAGAGGUUUAAAGAUAUUCUUCUAGAGAUAGCGAUGAAGGAUAUAGACAUGGAAGUCAGACUUCUUGCCGUUCAAGUAUUAGCAGAAGUUUCAUCUUUAGGUUAUUUGGAAAUACAGGAGAUAGUGAUGAUCUCAAGCUUAAUAUUUGACGAUAAAGAUGUUAAAAUCUCAUCUCACAGCAAAAAUUCCAGAUUCUUGGCAGCUGUCGCAAGAUUCUUAUCCAAUGUCUGUAAAGAAAAUGUAAAAAACAUGCUACAAAGUUUAGAAUCCUCUGACAAUGUAGGUGGUAUACCAGUGAAAUCAUUGAUCAAUAUUGGAUAUUUCAUGAGACUACUGAGCACUGCCCUCUCCUACUACUUGAAUCAAAAGCAUGAAACCAACCCAUCUCAAAAAGUUCACAUUCUAUUUCAAGCUGCAGAGUUUCUUUUCCCAUACUUUGGCUCACAUAUCUCUAAUAUUUGCAAGCUAUUAAUAAUUGACGAAGGCUCAUCUGAACUGGCAGCAAUCAAAAAUUUGAAUGAAACCUUUAAUCAAAACUCAAUCGAUUCAUAUGAUAAUGCCAAAAAUACCUCUACUCAACUGCUUGUAUUACCAGACAAUAGGAAUAACAUCAUUUUAUAUAUAACAGUACUGAAUGGUCUAUGCCAUGGUGGAUAUGAAUCCAAAGUCGCUAACAAAGCAGUUGUGUACGAAUCAGUGAUACCUCAUAUAGCCUCUCUACUAUCCGUUUUACCUGUUCAAUCAAUCGAUAUUUUGGGGCCAAUUUUGCGUAUUAUUGAAAUAUUCCAAUAUGAAGAAUGGAUAAAUGUAGGGCUUGAGAAAGAUCUGAUAAAGAUUGUUGAGAAAAUUGGUAAGCUAUUGAAUGAACUAACUCUCAGUACAAGUCCUAACGAUCUUACAUACAACUCAUUUGCAUGUGCUAUCAACAAAUUAUCAGAGUUUCAAAUCAGUGCUAUCGACAAUGUUUGGAGGAAUGCUAUUACAUCAAUUAAAUUCGAACUGAAGAAAUUUCUCGACCAACACAUGCCUCUUUCAAAGAAACUAGACUCAAAAAACUUUACAGAAUUAACAAGGUCGUUAUAUGAGAAUUAUAUAAACAAGUUGACGUUAUUAGGAAAAAAUUAUCCCGUUGAGAUAGAGAAUGACUUGGUAGAAAAGAUCAUGAACCAGUUUAUUUCGAGAAUAUCAAAUUAUUCGGAUUUGAUCAAUAAAGAAUUUAAUGAGAUUGUUAGUUUUAAACUGUUAACGGUGAUUGUAACUUGGCACAUUCAUACUUGGUCAGCUUUGCUAAGAGAUGAACAAGGAAAUGAUCUGAGAACGACUAUAUCUGAACGAACUGUGAAUACUAUCGCACAUGUCAUAUCAGCGUUGAACGAUGUCAUAGUUUCUGUACCAACAGAAUAUGCAAAUAAGAGUGACCUGAGAGAUCUUAUUUACUUUAAGUGGAUAGCAUCUAAUUCACUUAUAGAUAUCAUUCUAGCAAUCAAUAUGUUCGUGUUAAACAUACCAGAUAGUAAAACAAGUUGGAAGCUAACUUUUAACAAGCACCUACCAAAAUAUCUUGCUGAUAACGCAAACAAGGCAUUUUUAGAAGUAUUCCUUUUACUAGAAGGGCUAUACGCCGACGAGUUUGAUCUGCGCUUGGAGAGAAUGGAUGAUGAGGAUGUCAACUUCAAUGAUCUCUCUGAUAUAGAAUUGUUUCAAAACAAUGAGAAAGAGUUACUGCUAUUUACUAUCAAGCUUAAAGCGUUGAUGAAACUUGACCUACUGAGUAGUAAAGUCGUUUCCAGAAUCAGCUUAAACAAAGACAUUAUAGGGCCUUUGUUCAUGAAAGUUAUUGAUAAUUCAAUAUUUGAAACUAGUGAUGCCCCUGUUAUAGUGCCUCAACAUGCAAGUAGAAACUUAAAUCCGUCCAAUGAACAAAUUGUUGACACACAUAAUUCCCUAGAAGAAGAUAAUAACAACAAUACUUUUCCAGAAAUGAUUAAACAAUCCUCAGAGCUAUGA